AUGGGCACUCUAAAGGAUGACAUGAGAGGUGUGAGUGAGGACCAGCUGCUCGGUGAAAAGGCAGAAGAUGGAGAGUGUCCAGUAAGCUCAGAUGGCACCACUCUGACCGAUGCUUCGCAGAACAACACUGGUGUGGAGUCAACAAGACCAGCAAAUGAGCCAAAGAUGGACUGCAACAAUGGUGAUUCUUGCAUAAAAGCAGAUGCAACAGUGACUGCGGAGAAGCAAAGUAUCUCUGUGGCUGUGCCGUCUACGCCUGAUCCCACAGACCCACGAUCACCUGCUCCGUUUGGACAACACCACAUGCGCACUCAGGUGAGCCUGGAGGUGGUCCAGUGCCAUUCCGCUGCCACCAGUCCCAUGACUCCUCCAGAGGGUGGUCAUAACAGCUCCUUCUUCUUCCCAAGCUCCUUUGGGAGAAAUGAAGCUGUGGGAACUGACACUAAAGACGCAGAGCUCCAAGUGGGCCAACAAGUCCAAUAUAGCUCCGUCGCCACAUCUCCUAUGACCCCCAAGACACCAUUUUUUAGCACAUUCCCACCACUUCAGAGCCGGGAAUCAGCACAAAAGGAAAGUAAAGAUUUGCAGGGUUUCCAGGUUGGUACAGUAAACCCAUCUGAGCCAGAGAUAAGUGGUGCUUUGAAAUCAAGCUCAUCUAAAGAGUUAGAGAGUGAAGAUUUGGGCUGUGGUGGCGCCCCGAUGAGCUCUGCCAGCUGUCCCACUGGCACGGUAAUGCAUUCAGAGGGUAAGCAGCAGAGAAUGGGGAGCAUGGAUCAAGACAUUACAAUCCUGGUGACCCAACAUGGGAACACAGAAGAGGACGAGAACAAAACCCACUCAAGUGUCCAAGGUCCAGUUGAGACAGAAAUGGUGAAAUUAGUGGAGGAAGAUGAGAACCAGAGUCGAGAUGAAGAAGUUGAUCAAGAAAUGUCAAAAAGCACAAUGAAAACACAAGAGGACCCUGUAAAGACUGAACUCAAGUCAAGUCACUCACUGGAAGCACAAGAUUCUAAAGACGUGGUUCCAGAGUCCCCUGCACCUUUUGGCUGCCACAAUAUGAGGACUCAGGUGAGCCUAGAGGUGGUCCAGUGUCACUCUGCUGCCACCAGCCCCAUGACUCCUCCAGAGGGGGACCAGGCCUUCUGCUUCCCCUCUGUGUCCGUGUCCACCCACUGUGGAGGAAUGAGCACAGACACCAGAGACGCAGAGCUGCAGGUGGGCCAACAAGUGGAGUAUCGAUCAGUGGCCACAGCCCCCAUGACCCCCCGCACUCCUACGGCUACCACCUUUCCUGAGAUCAUAAAGUGCCCCAGCAUCGAUGAGAAAAUUAAAGAAAGUGAGGAAAGCGAGGGAAGUGAGGGAGGGGACCAAGGAGAGGGAAGUGCUGGAAGUGCUGGAAGUGCUGGAAGUGGGGGAAGUGAGGGAAGUGAUGAAAGCGAUGGAAGUGAUGGAAGUGAGGGUGGGGGAGAGAACCAAACAGAGGAAAGCAAAGAGCAAGUGAACAACAAAGAGGAGAAGUGCGAGGAGCCAGUGCAGGAGGUGAGCUGGGAUGAGAAGGGAAUGACAUGGGAGGUGUACGGGGCUGUGGUGGAGGUGUCUGUCCUGGGAUCAGCCAUCCAGAAGCACCUGGAGAAACAGGUGAAAAAGCAGAAGAGGCAAACCCUGCCCCCUCCGCCUCCCCUCAACCCCUCUGCCACACCCCUCACCCCCUCUGAGGUGUCGCCCCGGGCAACAGGCUCUGGGAAAGGCCGAGGAAAGAGAGCUGAGAAGACCAAUCGUCGUCGUAGGAACCCCUUCAGACAGAUGAUGGAGAAUAUCCAACAGCCACACUGCUGCUCCAGAACCCACACCACAGAGUGA